AUGUUUGGGGGGAUAAAUACGUCAGCACCGAACAAACAAAGCUUGUUUGGGAACAGCGGUGCAUCUUCUUCCAAAACUAACACAUUUUCACAGCCUUACCAACAACAACAACAACAGCUACAACAAGUGCAACCAACACAAGGCCUGCCCCUUCAAUCAUCUAUUUUUCAGAAUCCUGGUCAGGCUAUACAACAAAUGAAAAGUCCAUCGAGAUUUGAGAAAUAUGAGCUUAAAGGUGCCUCUGAGCCAAAACUUUUUGCGUCAGAUGUGAAAACGGGUGCCAGUCACUCGGAUACAAAUGACCCUUCCAAGUCAAAACAUAGAAAAAGGACUAUUCCUUCACAUUUAGUUAAGCGUUUGAAUAAGAAUAAGAGUACAUUGGACGAAGAGGAUAAACCAAGUGUUCCGAUUUUACCGUUUAAAGCGACAAAACAGAGCCAAACAGAUACCUUUGAUGAGGAUUUUGCAUAUUUGUAUGAGCAUGAUAAACUACCCAGCAGAUCAUUGUUAGAUCCGUUAACGUUCAAUGAUGAAUAUACACCAGGUGAGAUACUCAUGGAAGGUUCUGACUUCAAUAAGAUGACGCAAGAGCCAUUUGAGUUUAAAAACGCUUUCCAAAGGCCAAACAGGAGUACGAUUUCACAAAAGACUACAGGUAAAGAAAAUAGAGAAACUAAGCUGCCCUGGUCUAAGACUUCGAAUGAGAUGCAAAUUGAUGAUUCUGAUCUAUCAGUGAAAACAGAGUUAGUACCGACUGACACAAAACAAACGAGGAGUCUUACUUCUGAGAAAUUAUACUGCGCAGUUAUAGUAUACGGGUUUGACGAUGAGAACUUUCGUGUGCUGAUUGAGCAUUUUGCCAAAUAUGGUAAAAUCAUGGAAGACUUGAUGAUUUCAGAUUUUAAUUAUUACUAUGGACAACCAGGAAAUGUUUUAGCCGUUGAUAAACUAGUUGAUAUUAACGACCGAUCAAAUGCAAAGCUUGGAAAUAAAAACGCUUUUCCAAUAUUUUUAGGUGAGGGGUGGGUGAAAAUCACCUAUGAUAACCCAAAUUCAGCAAUAAGAGCUCUUGCUGAUAAUCUGAUAAGUGAUAACAACGGCAAUAUAUUGGGGGUUAUUCCAUACACAAGAGAAGACUUGGAGUUGUUAUUAGGACAGAAAAUUUCAGAUUCAAUGGAUGUUGGUGCAGGCUUAAAAGGUCUCAACCAUGAAUUGGAAUUGGACAUGAAACUGGCAGAUAACUAUAUAGGAAGAUACCUAAGGGCUGCUAGAAACGGGCUUACACGAAAAGAUUCAAACAGUGGAGAUUUACGGUCUAAAUCACUCGCAAUAAAAGAUGGUUCUAAUCUACUGUUGAAGAAGGACAAACAUGAAAAUCGUAAAACUAUAUGGAACUCAGGUAUGGGUUUUUUGUUUGGUAAAGGUGAAAUUUAG